GUCUCUUUCUUUCACCAUCACUUGCACCUGUUGUGUCCUGUUUGUUCUCAAUUUCAUCAUCAUUUAUCCUUUAUAUACCUCUCUUUCUUUCUUGACUUUUCCUCUAAAUUCUCUUCCUUUUUAUCUCUUUGAUACAUCUCAAUUUGGUUCUUUUGCCUUCUCUUUGAUCUUAUCUCUUACGAUUGUGCAGAUCUCAAUCUCUAUAUCCUUGGUUGUGUCAGAUUCUCUUAGGGUUUAUUUUCUCUCCCAAUUUUGUUUGAUUCCUUGUCCAAAGUUUCUUCCUUUCCUUUUGACUUUUUUUUGUGGUACAUUGAAUCAGAGGUGUAAGAGUAAUAGUUUCAUAACUCAAAUCCCCAAGUGUACAAAUUUUCCUCUUUUGGUUCUGGGUUUGGUUGAUUCCUUGUUAGAAAUGUAAAUUUAGGGCUUUUGUAUCUGAAACCGAUCUUCAGACUUGUGUAAUCUUCUUGAUCUUCAUGCAAGAUUGAUAAUUCUACAAGAAGAAGAAGAAGAGAAAAUGGCUACUUUGACUGAGCCAUCAUCAUCUUUGAGUUUCACAUCUUCUCAUUUCUCUUAUGGUUCUAUUGGGUCCAAUCACUUCUCAUCAAGCUCAGCUUCUAAUCCUGAAGUUGUUAGUCUAACCAAACUCAGCUCCAAUCUUGAGCAGCUUCUUAGUAAUUCAGAUUGUGAUUACAGUGAUGCAGAGAUCAUUGUUGAUGGUGUUCCAGUUGGUGUUCAUAGAUGCAUUUUAGCUGCAAGAAGUAAGUUUUUCCAAGAUUUGUUUAAGAAAGAAAAGAAAAUUUCGAAAACUGAGAAACCAAAGUAUCAGUUGAGAGAGAUGUUACCUUAUGGAGCUGUUGCUCAUGAAGCUUUCUUGUAUUUCUUGAGUUAUAUAUAUACUGGGAGAUUAAAGCCUUUUCCAUUGGAGGUUUCGACUUGUGUUGAUCCAGUUUGUUCUCAUGAUUGUUGUCGACCUGCCAUUGAUUUUGUUGUUCAAUUGAUGUAUGCUUCCUCUGUUCUCCAAGUGCCUGAGCUAGUUUCAUCUUUUCAGCGGCGGCUUUGUAACUUUGUGGAGAAGACCCUUGUUGAGAAUGUUCUUCCCAUUCUUAUGGUUGCUUUCAAUUGUAAGUUGACUCAGCUUCUUGAUCAGUGUAUUGAGAGAGUGGCGAGGUCAGAUCUUUACAGGUUCUGUAUUGAAAAGGAAGUUCCUCCCGAAGUAGCAGAGAAGAUUAAACAGCUUCGACUUAUAUCCCCGCAAGACGAAGAAACCAGUCCCAAGAUUUCGGAGAAAUUGCUUGAAAGAAUCGGUAAAAUUCUCAAGGCCUUGGAUUCAGAUGAUGUUGAGCUUGUGAAGCUUCUUUUGACUGAGUCAGAUAUCACUCUAGAUCAAGCCAAUGGUCUGCAUUAUUCUGUUGUGUAUAGUGAUCCGAAAGUUGUUGCCGAGAUUCUUGCUCUGGAUAUGGGUGAUGUGAACUACAGGAAUUCCCGGGGUUACACGGUUCUUCAUUUUGCUGCGAUGCGUAGAGAGCCAUCGAUCAUUAUAUCGCUUAUCGAUAAAGGCGCCAAUGCAUCUGAGUUUACAUCUGACGGACGUAGCGCAGUUAAUAUAUUAAGAAGACUGACAAAUCCAAAGGAUUAUCAUACCAAAACAGCUAAAGGGCGUGAAUCUAGUAAAGCCAGGUUAUGCAUCGAUAUCUUGGAAAGAGAAAUCAGGAAGAACCCCAUGGUUCUAGAUACACCAAUGUGUUCCAUUUCUAUGCCUGAAGAUCUCCAGAUGAGACUGUUGUACCUAGAAAAGAGAGUGGGGCUUGCUCAGUUGUUCUUUCCAACGGAAGCUAAAGUUGCUAUGGACAUUGGUAACGUAGAAGGUACAAGUGAGUUCACGGGUUUGUCACCUCCUUCGAGUGGGUUAACCGGAAACUUGAGUCAGGUUGAUUUAAACGAAACUCCUCAUAUGCAAACCCAAAGACUUCUUACUCGUAUGGUGGCUCUAAUGAAAACAGGUAACAAAAAGCUUGCUCUCUGUAAGUCUACCCUUCAUCUUCUUAUGUUGCUCAUUUUCUCUUGACUGACUUCAUUACCGUUUCACAAUGCAGUUGAGACUGGUCGAAGGUUUUUUCCAUAUGGUUCAGAGGUUCUAGAUAAGUACAUGGCUGAGUAUAUAGACGACGACAUCCUCGACGAUUUCCAUUUUGAGAAGGGAUCUACACAUGAAAGAAGAUUGAAAAGAAUGAGAUAUAGAGAGCUUAAGGAUGAUGUCCAAAAGGCAUAUAGCAAAGACAAAGAGUCUAAGAUUGCGCGGUCUUGUCUUUCUGCUUCAUCUUCUCCUUCUUCUUCUUCCAUAAGAGAUGACCUGCACAACACAACAUGAAACUGCACCAUAAGUCAAAUGUAAUUAGAUAUCUUUGUUAAAAGGGUUUUUUCUUUAUGGAUGUUACUCAGAUUUUAUACAGAUGCUUUAGGUUCAGUUUCAAUAAAGAGAGAUGGAUAGAUAGAUGUACAAGAUUAGGAGUGCUGAUUAACCCAAAACGUUCUAACUAUACGCAAUCUUUUGUUUUCAAUACAAAAAUCUAAUAUUUAGGUUAUCUACAAGAUAUUCUCAGAUACCUGAAACUUAAACAAACA